AUGAAGCUAUGCGUGAAGACAAUAGUACGCCAAGUCCACAUAUACCAAUCCAAAAACUUAACUAGAGAUGCUAUAAAGACGCUCAAUACACAUGAUCUUUUGCAAUCCCUUGGUUUUGUUAAACAAACCCAAAGCGGUUUAGUUCAUUGGCUGCCGCUGGGUCUUCGAACAUUGAAUAAAAUAAGCAGGAUCAUCAGAAACCGUCUAGAAAAAGAUGCAAAAGCUCAAGAGCUAUCUUUGAGCUUGCUGUCUCCACAAGCGCUUUGGGAGAGCACGGGGCGUUGGAACAAUGGCGAGCUAUUCAAACUGAAGGAUUCGAAAGGAUCUGCAUAUUGCCUUGCACCUACUUGCGAAGAGGAGGUAACGUCACUGAUGGGCAACUUUAUCACAAGCCACAAAGAUUUGCCGUUAACAGUAUAUCAAAUUGGAAGAAAGUACAGAGAUGAAAAAAGACCUAGAGGUGGAUUGUUAAGAGGUCGUGAGUUUUUGAUGAAGGACGCAUACUCAUUUGAUAAGACAAAAGGAGAUGCAAUUAAGACCUUUGCACAAAUGAAUGAGACAUAUGGCCUAAUAUUUCAAGAUCUAAGAGUUCCGUUCGUAAGCGCUUGGGCGGAUUCCGGAGAUAUUGGAGGUGACAUGAGCAAAGAAUACCAUUUUCUACAUGAAUCAGGAGAGGAUACAGUCUUCAAAUGCGGUUCUUGCGAUCAUGUUUCCAACGUGGAGAAGGCUAAUUCAUAUCCACAGAAGUUCAAUGACUAUGAGGGUGACGUGAAUGUACGAUACGCUCUAACUAUCGACCAUGAUACGCUUAUCUGCUUGUACUAUCCCAAAGAUAGGUCGCUGAACUGGAACUUGGUUCUAGCAGCUAUAGAAAACGACGUAGACACUUCUUUGGCAGGCAUGAGUAACGAAGAGGUCUUGGGUCUUUUCAAUGCUGGCAAAAACGAGGAUGACAUGAUGCUCUCUUCUGUAAUUCGGGUUAUGGAUUGUAGACUCAAUCCCAGGUCAAAUUAUCCUGAUUUCCCAUUAAAGCAGUACUUGAAAAACAACUUUUCGCAACUGGACGAUGUGAGUUUGGUCGAUGCCGAAGAAGGCGAAAUAUGCGGUGCUUGCGAACAGGGCAAACUGAGCAGUGCAAAAAGUAUCGAGGUAGGCCACACCUUUUAUUUGGGACAAAAGUACUCCAAAUCGCUUAACGCCAAAUUCACGACAAGAAAUAAUACUGAAGAGUUCUGCGAAAUGGGUUGCUAUGGUAUCGGCGUUAGCCGUCUAGUAGGCGCCAUUGCACAGGUGACACGCGAUAGUUUAGGAUUAAGGUGGCCCAAGUCCGUGGCUCCGUAUGAGAUCUCUAUCUGUGCUGCCAAGCAUGACGGACUCUCAGAGGAAAUUGAGACCUUGUUACAAGAUUGGGAGUCCGAGACGUUGGUAAAUCAAGAUGAUAAAGCUAGCCUUGGGCGUAAAAUAGCCAUGAGCCAUAGUCUGGGUAUUCCAGUCUGCAUUAUUGUAGGCAAGAAACAAUGGCCAUUUGUAGAAAUAGAAAUCAGGGCUCCCUACAUGAGUGGAAAAUGGCACGCCGAGUUUGAUCAAUUCGGUAAGGAGUGGGGCUGGACUGUGGAAAAUGCCGAUACAGAUUCCCCGCAGAAACACAGGGCACACAAAGACCAUUUGAUAGACGUGAUACGCGUGAUAUUAACAGAUAUGUAG